AUGGAAAAGUCGAAGGUUGAACACGUCGAAGGUCUUGAGCCACAGAUAUAUCGUGAGGAGCCAUCAUGGGCUAAGCUUAUCCCUGGUGGAUACUCACCAAGCCGAUGCAUGAAGCUUCGCGGUCGACCCAUGAUAAAUGCAAUCUUACUGCUAGCAGGAACUUCAAUCAUGUUCUUUGGAUAUGACUCGUCGUGCAUGAGCCAAGUCGAUACAAACUCCGACUAUUUGCGAUACAUGGGAACCGACUCGGGUUCCGCCCGUGAUUCAGCUGCCGUGGGGGGCUUGCUUGGCUGUAUUUGGGCCAUUGUUGGAUGUGCACUCCAAGCAUCCGCCCAGAAUUUCACCUGGAUGGCCUUUGCACGUAUCAUUGGGGGUAUUGGCUGUGGUCACUUAAAUACCAUUGUCCCGAUUUGGACAUCUGAGCUGGCAGACUCUCGCGACCGAGGUGCAUUUGUGGCCGUGCAAUUCACAUUGGCUCUUGCUGGAGGUACAAUGGUUUAUUGGACGGAAUAUGCGUGUCUCAAGACGCAGAGCCUUGCCUUCGCCUGGCGAUUUCCUCUCGCGUUGCAGCUAAUCUUCCUCAUCUUCAUCUUAUCCGCGACCCCAUUCUACCCCGAGUCACCCCGUCACCUAGUCCGCAUAGGUCGGGAAGCCGAAGCAAGGGAGAUUCUGGCAAGGGCACGAAUAAACACCGAGGAAACCGAGAUUGAGCGCGAAUUGGCAGAGAUUGUGGCAGCAAUUCGCCUGGAGGCUAAUGAGCCUCCACCAUCAAUGUGGAAGAUACUCGCUACACGGGACAAAUUACACACUAGACGCAGAAUCAUGCUGGGUGCGGGUAUUCAAAUCAUGCAGAAGUUCACUGGCAUUGACUUCAUCUCCACCUAUGCGCCGGAGAUGUUCUCCUUGGCGGGUUAUACCGGUGAUAAGCCUGCCUUGCUUGCUGGCGGGAACUUUUUCGGCUAUACCGCUAGUCUGGCACUGGCUAUCUAUCUUUGCGAUCGACUCGGCCGUCGUCGACUGAUGUUAAUAGGGUCUUCCUCUAUGUUUGUUGUGCUAAUUGUGGGCGGGGUCUUGGCUCAUGAAGUCAUUUCCAAAGCAGAUACAUACCCGGCGAUAUCUGCUCAAUGUGGUGCGGGCGUUACAGCUGUGCUUUAUCUAUACACUUUCAUCUAUGGAAGCACGUGGCUUACUACGUGCUGGGUCUAUCCGACCGAGAUAUUCCCACUCGUUAGUAGAGCGAAAGGAACCGCGGUAGCUACAGUGGCAUUCUCAUUAGCAGGCGGUAUUAUCAAUGAGAUUGUCCCGUAUCUCAUAAAUGCCGUUUCAUAUUGGGUUUUCAUUAUCUUCGCCCUCUUGAACUUGGUGAUGCUUGUGCCGAUUUACCUGUUCUACAUCGAAACGGCCAACAGACAUUUGGAAGACCUUGAUUUCCUUUUUGCACAUGAUAGUCCAUUUUUCUGGCAUGCGGAGCGCGACUUUGAAAUUAUGAAAGCCGAAGAAGCUGCCGUCUCUGAUGAAAAGUUUACCGGAGAUCGAGCUACCUUAGAGUGUGGCUCCACAGUGUAG